AUGCCUCUCUACAACGUUACCCUGAAGAAGGACGCUCCUCACGAGGAACUCGAAAAGGCCAAGCAGCAGGCUAGAGCCAACGGCGGCACCAUCCAGCACGAGUACAGCCUCAUUAAGGGCUUCACCGUGCAAUACCCAGAUGACCACGUCCAAACCCUCCAAACGACCGAGCACAUCCACGUCGAACAGGAUGGAGAAGUCCGGACCCAGUAA